AUGCUCUUGCCAUGCCAGCCGGCGGCCAAGAAGAGGCCGCUGGCCACGAGGUCCUUGAGCAGAUCGAGCAGCUGCCUCCUGCUGAUUGCCAUCCUCGUGUUGAUCGGCCGCGAGGGAUCCCGUGCUGCUACACAGGUCCGCUACGCUUCGCGCAUCGUCGAGACCAAGAGCGGACAGAUACGUGGGAUUCUUCAGGACUUGAACAGCAGACACUUAGUUCCCGUAGAAGUGUUCCGGGGCAUACCAUACGCGGCCCCUCCCGUAGGAGAUUUACGUUUUCGACCACCGAUUUCGCCGAUCCCCUGGGACGGUAUCAAACUGGCAGAUUCCUUCGGUGCAGUCUGCCCGCAGCACUUUCCGGACAUCAGCAAUGACACAGCUGCUUUGUUGCAAAUGCCUCUGGGCAGAUACCAACAGUUGAAGCAUUUGUUCACGUUCCUGACCAACCAGAGCGAGGACUGCCUGUUUCUGAACCUGUACAUACCCGGCAGUGGAUCUCGAGGAUUAGAAGCACCGUACGCAGUGAUGGUGUACGUACACGGUGAAAGUUUCGAGUGGGGAACCGGAAACGUCUACGAUGGCUCUGUUUUAGCUAGUGCUGGCCACGUCAUAGUAAUCACGCUUAACUAUCGGCUUGGAAUCUUAGGUUUCCUGAGGACUCGUCCGUAUCCGGACAGAAUACCAGCCUCUGGCGGGAAUCUGGCUUUGAAGGAUAUCGCCAUGGGACUGCGCUGGGUGCGUGAGAAUAUCGCUGCUUUUGGAGGCGAUCCGACGAAAAUCACGCUGAUUGGACACGAUACGGGCGCUGCGCUGGUGAAUCUUCUGCUGCUUGCUCCUUAUGGCAAGGGUCUAUUUCACCGGGUAGUGUUAUCGAGUGGCUCAGCGUUAAGCCCGUGGGCGUCUGUUCACGAUCCGAACGACCUACGGUUGAAAGUAGCAGAGCAAAUAGGAUGUUCCACGGAGAACGACGAAGAUAUUGCCGACUGUCUACGCGGCGUUCCUCUCCGCAAGCUUAUGGCCGUUGAACUGCCGGAAAUCCGAUUCGUGCCACGAAUCGGUCCAGGCCUACCAGUGGACCAAAACAAUCCGGAUCCUGGAUUGGAUAUGGAGAGGGCUAGCGAGACGUUCAUCAAAGUACCACUGAUCCUCGGUGUGUCCACCACAGAGUCGAAUCUCGACUUCAACAUGAACGACAUUCAAUUGGGUUUCGAGGAGGACCAUCGAAAUCGAAUACUACGAACGUUUAUCAGGAACGCUUAUGUGUAUCACUUGAACGAAAUCUUCUCAGCGGUGAGGAACGAAUACACGGACUGGGAUAAACCUGUACUACAUCCUAUCAUCAUAAGAGACUGGACGAUGGAAGCGCUCAGCGAUGGUCACACAGUGGCGCCUCUUAUGAGGAUCGCCUUUUAUCACGCCAGACGAGGAGCGAAAACUUACUUCUAUCAUUUCAGCCAUCAAACGAAAGACAGUGGAUACUUGCAGCGUCUGGGUAGCAUUCGCGGCGAGGACAUACCAUAUAUCUUCGGACUGCCACUAGUAGGUGGAGGAUCUUUCUUUCCAAGGAACUAUUCUCGCCAGGAUCAAGGCGUCGCCGAGGCGGUUCUCACGUUUUUUACGAAUUUUGCGAAAACCGGGAAUCCGAACGAACCGCACAAAAUCGAAUCGGUGGAUUAUGGGACGCCCAAGGAGAAGACUCGAUAUCGUGGCCUCAUCUGGGAGCAAUACGAAACUGGCACUCAACAAUACCUCACAAUUGCGAUGAAACCGAAAAUGAAGAGCCACUAUCGCGGCCACAAAAUGGCAGUUUGGUUGAAUCUGAUACCUCAGCUCCAUCGACCUGGGGAUGACGAUGUCUCUAUGCGCCAUCAUCAUUUUCGAGAAAGAGGCGACCAUUAUUACGCAGGACCAGUUCGAGACGAGUGGUACACUCCCCUGCCUCUUUUAGGGACAACAAAGACCAGUGCCUCUUCAACAACAGCGUGCAGUACUUCCACAGGCGACGAAAUUAUCGCUGAGGACAUCACUCCCAUCCUAGAGGACUCAGAGGACGACGCUGAACUGUUGCAAAGACUAGCCUCCCGCCAUUACUAUAGUACUACCACAGCCUUAGCAAUCACUGUAGGAGUCGGUUGUAUCCUACUAGUUCUCAACAUGUUAAUAUUCGCUGGUAUCUACUAUCAAAGAGACAGGGACAAAAAGAGAGCAGCGAUGGACUGUACUCCAAAUGGACAAGAGUCUCUUCCAAUGACCACCAUGUCAUCUAUGAAGGCUCCAGAGAGUCCAAGAUCAGCUCAAGAACCUCCACCUUCGUAUACCACCCUUGCAAGAAGUCCCUCUAUCCAGGAACACCAACAGAUUCCUCAGGAUCAAUCGACAGAUGUAGACGAACAGCCUAAAAGUGAACAGAAAUCUGGCCACGGGACCAGCAAUGCUAUCCAUAAAGAUCCCAUUCCACCAAAGCCACCCACGAGGACAACCAGCUCUCUGAGCACCAGCAGUGGUACCAACACUAUCAAGAAACGUGUGCAAAUACAGGAAAUAUCUGUAUAG